ACACAAGAGAAGCUCAAUGAAAAUUUGUCCCAAGGCUAAUGAGAGUGUAAGGAGCAACACGUAAUCUUCUUAAAAGACUCUGGGUAUUAUACUGAUCCAGUGUGGGGAUCCGCUGCUGGCGUGUGUUCUGUAGCUGCAGCCCUGUGGGGAGAGACGCUGGCGAGUCUCACCAGGGUCCCAGAGACACAGAACCGCGGAACCGUCCUGGACUCGCCGGGAAAGAGCUCUCACUCUCGGCAGAGACGCCGCUGACCCGUCACGCCGUCUCACAGGCUGCGACUGCUGGGAAAAUGAGGACCACCCGCUGAGGAUGAGGUGAACCCGAGAGCGCUGGAGUUGUUCCAUUUUCUUACCAACCUGAGUUUUUUUUCUCUUUUUUUUUUUUGGCGCUGGCCUGAAGGGUGCUCUACAGAUUGUAUGGGGGAGUCGUCGCCAGAAUAGUUUUUCUUAAGAAACAAAAAAAAACAACAAAAACAAACAAAAAAAACAUUUUUAUGCAUAAUAAUUAGGCAUUAAUCAGACGAAGAGUCGGGGUGAAAAAUGUAUUUGUCGAGGAGGAAGAGACUGCAGUGGAACCGGAUUGUCUUCAUCCUGCUGGGCGUCCUGAUCUGUUACGUCUACCAGCUUUCCUUCAAGAGCAGCCCCACAGCCUCAGCCCCCUGGACAGAGCGGUACGCAGGGAGCCCUCCUGGGACGGCAGGUGAGGGAGAUGUGGAGGUGGAGAGCGAGCUGGGAGUGGACGGCAGGGAGCUUUCUAGCCACACCACAGAGGGCACCGCCUCUGCGGCCACCACUGAGGCCUCCCCGUCGACCAAGAUGACGACGACGAUGACGACCCCCCCCGCCCCCACCACCCUGAACCGGACUAACAUCCGGCACUGCAUCUACGUGGAUCCCGAGCCGCCGAAGCCCACUUCCCCCCCCAGCCCGACGCCCCCGCCCAACGCCACCGCCGCCCCCAGCCCCGUGCCCAACGCCACAGCGCCCCCUCAUGGCGGCAUGCCGCACCUGAAGGCCGAGUACCCGGAGGACAUCUUCUCGGUGGAGCAGAGGCGCCAGGGCUGGGUGUCGCUGCACAUCUUCGGGAUGAUCUACAUGUUCGUGUCCCUGGCCAUCGUGUGCGACGAGUUCUUCGUGCCGGCCCUGGGCGUCAUCACCGACAAGCUGGAGAUCUCGGACGACGUGGCCGGCGCCACCUUCAUGGCGGCGGGGGGGUCGGCGCCCGAGCUGUUCACCUCCCUGAUCGGGGUCUUCAUCUCGCACAGCAACAUCGGCAUCGGCACCAUCGUGGGCUCGGCCGUCUUCAACAUCCUCUUCGUCAUCGGGAUGUGCGCCCUGUUCUCCCGCGAGAUCCUGCACCUCACCUGGUGGCCGCUAUUCCGGGACGUCUCCUUCUACAUCCUGGACCUCAUGAUGCUGAUCGUCUUCUUCCUGGACAACGCCAUCAUGUGGUGGGAGAGCAUGCUGCUGGUGACGGGGUACUGCUCCUACGUGCUCUUCAUGAAGUACAACGUGCAGCUCGAGCACGCCUUCAAGACGCAGCUCAACAAGCACAAGAGCAUCGUCAAGGUCAUCGCCCUGGAGGAGCCCGAGAAGAGCAAUGGAUCACUGAGCAGGGACAAUGCCCCACCCCAACACCCACCCCUGCCCCCCGAGGACAAAAACAGACUAAAGCUAAAGCCCACCCUCCAGAGAGGGGGCAGCUCGGCCUCGCUGCACAACAGCACCAUGCGCAACACCAUCUUCCAGCUGAUGAUCCACACACUCGACCCCCUGGGAGAAGAGUCCAUCUUUAACAGAGAGGUAAAGCUCUCGGAGGGCAAGAGCAGAGCAGAAACUGCCUUGAGUGGGGAUGUAAAGCCCAGCUGUUCAGUACAGGGGACAGCAAAGUUUAAGGACAAGGCUGAGAUCAUGAACAACAUGGCCAGGGGGAAGGUAGAGAGCAAAGGACAAGCAAAAUCCGAAGACACUAACCUCCCCAACGCGGUCAAUGUCCAGGUGACGCCCCCUCCAGAGCCGUCCACAUCACAGCCAGCCCCCAAGGAGGAGGAGAAGACAGAGCAGACCGAGGGCCAGAAGCCAGAGGAUGCGGCAGGCUCGUGUGGCUCAGGCAGCAGUGAAGAUGACAGCGACGACAGCGAUGAUGACAGUGAUGAGGACAGCGAGGAUGAAGAGGAAGAUGAGGAGGAGGAUGAGAUCGAAGAACCUCUGUCCCUGGAAUGGCCAGAGACACGACGCAAACAGGCGACCUACCUCUUCCUGCUGCCCAUCGUUUUCCCUCUUUGGCUCACUGUGCCAGACGUGCGCAACCCGGCAUCAAAGAAGUUCUUUGCAAUAACUUUCCUGGGCUCCAUCAUCUGGAUUGCAGUUUUCUCCUAUCUGAUGGUGUGGUGGGCUCACCAGGUGGGGGAGACCAUUGGCAUCUCGGAGGAAAUAAUGGGGCUGACAAUCCUGGCGGCAGGCACGUCCAUCCCUGACCUCAUCACCAGUGUCAUUGUGGCGAGAAAGGGGCUGGGGGACAUGGCCGUGUCCAGCUCUGUGGGCAGCAACAUCUUCGACAUCACUGUGGGUCUCCCAGUGCCCUGGCUGAUGUAUACUGUGUUUAACGGAAUGGUGCCAGUACAGGUCAGCAGUAACGGGCUCUUCUGUGCCAUUGUGCUCCUCUUCCUCAUGCUGCUCUUCGUCAUCAUCUCCAUCGCUGUCUGCAAGUGGAGGAUGAACAAGCUGCUGGGCUGCACCAUGUUCGGCCUCUAUUUCCUGUUCCUGGUGGUCAGUGUCAUGCUGGAGGACCGUAUUAUCAUCUGUCCUGUGUCCAUCUGAGGACUUCAACACACGCACGAACUCAGAUAUGCACUGCCCACGAUCAUUUUCACGGAAGCCACUCUCUCCCCCAGAUGCACAUUUACAUACCUUCAUAGAAACCCCUCCAAAGCCACUGUUCAUGGGGGAAAAAAAACAUUCACUUUCCAGCUGUCCGAAAACAAACUUGCUGUCCAUCUAAACCCAUGCCCUCAAACAUGUUUCUCCCAAAAUACUAUAAUCUAAGAAUGAACUGCAGUCUCUUUUUCACAAAACAGAUCUAUCCAAAACACAGUUCAGGAAUUGAACUCCCAGUUCUAAUCCUAAUCCAUGGACCUCUGGAACAAUAUCCCAUCAUUCAUUUGAGUUCUCUUUAUAGCAAUGCAAGUCAUCAACUGGUGGAGAACAAAGGCUAUGCGACCUUUUUAAGUGGUGGUAUUGGUUGCCAAAGAAAGCUGAUGGCCGAUAUGUAGAGUAUGCACACAUUUGGACUCAUCUAACUAUGCGGGUGGCGAAUGUUUUCAGGGUGUCAAAGAUUGAGUUAUGGAGGUGAAUUGGUGCUCCUAUAAUUCGCAACAUAAAGGUCAAACAGUCUCUCUGGUGUUCCAUUUCACACCCUAUCUAAAAAGCUUCAUGGAAGUGGGACUAAUCACUAAUGUAACUAAAUAGUUUUUCAACACUCUAAAGCAGUUAAUAACUUAAUUGGCUUGUUCACACCGCCCACUUUAGCAUAGUUAAAAUGCAGCGAAGGGUCUUUUUUGGGAAAAGCUGGGGUGAGUUCUGGCCAAGCACAAUGAGUUUUAGUGUAAGUAAUCCUCAGAGGGGGCUGAGAUCACUGUAGGAUUUGCCUGUAAUAAUGGUUUCAAAGGCUUGGUGUGAAUGGGGUAUAACAAUGAUAAUGAUAAGGUCAGUCAAUAUUAACAAGGUAAAAGUCACCUAUAAGCCUGGCUCUUUUUCCUCACUUUCAGUUUUUAGAGUUAUAUAGUGUGCAGAGGAACUGAGCUUCACCAGUCAGUAGUAUAAUGUACACCUCUCCCGACAAACCCCCUCAUGAAAGUGAAAGUGACGUACUACCUUACAUUUUGUUUCACAAAACAUUUUUAUUUUUGAUUUUCUCACCUGCUGUAUGCAAAAUGACCCAGUGAGGAUAGUCUCUUGGCGAAGGGUUAGUUCAUGUACGUUUCUUAUUUAAAAUGAUUUUUUUGGAAAACAAAUGUUUGGGAAUUCAGUUUCAGGAAUGUGAUGAGAUUUUAUUUUUUGUCCAGAGAGUAAACUAAAAACUGUAUCGUAUUCAAAUUAAAUUAACCUUUGACAGGCAAUGUAUUGGAAAGAAAAAUACUGAUAAUGGGCAGUAGUUUUUGGGCACACAAUUUGCACAUCCUGUUUGUGUUUUGGACUGGUACACACCUUGGAAACUCCUCAGAGGACAAAGUUCAGUACGUUCUGCAGAUGUCUAAUCAUUUAAUGCUAACUAACUCUUAAAUCUCUCAAACACUCAAAACCAAGCACAGCAGACAUUCAUCAGCAUGCAUCCAUGCAGGAGUCUUGCACCGAGAAAAAUAGUUGUGUUUAAAAUUAAAGUGCACAUCAUAAAAUAAAAAGAUGUCAAUCUUACAAAAAUAAAAGAACUCACAAAGUUUAGUAUAGAUAAUUCAAAAGUAUUUAACUAUUUGAGAGCAUUUUCAGUCCUGAGUAAAUUCAGAGUAACUUGUACUCCUGCAGGUAUGAACGUCUUUAAAAGGUGCAUUAAAUAAAAGGGGUUUACUUCAAAUAAAUUCACUCAGAUGAAUUAAAAGGGAGUAUUUUGUCCCAGAAAGUAAUGCUCAUAUACUGUACCUACAAUCCACAACACACUGCCAACAUCAUACAAUCACAUUUUGACAUAAAAAAGGAAGAGGAAAUAGAGCCUGAGAAUCUAAGAUAUAAUAACUCAGUACAAGGUUAAAAAAGAGAAGCAUGCACUCAUAUGCUAUUGUUCUCUCCAUCCUAUUUUAAAUGCCUGAAUAGGAUGAUUUUUGGUGCACAUCUGAAUACUUUAAACGUACAGUAUUGCCAUUUUCAUGUUGGAAAGUUAAACAGUAUGGUAUUCUGGAAACGCUUGAUUUGAUUUAUUGCCAUACACUGUACGUGUGUGCUUUGGGGGAGAAAUUAUGAAAGUGUUUUGAUGUAAUAAAAAUACAGUACUGUAUAUACAUGUAUUUGCAGCAUUGGAAAUUGCUGUACCACGUUAAUCAGAAUGAUACUAGAAUGAAAGGCUAUACAUUUCUGUAAUUCAGUUUUGCCAAUCUUGGGUGGUAUAUUUUCUCUAAAACAUAGGUUUCCACAAGGUGUUCUGCUUAGAUAAAAUCACAUGCUUGAGAGAAACAACACGUUUCAAGUGUUUUAUACUAUUCAUGAACAGUGAAACAUUUCGGUCUUUCUGCAGUUAAUCACAACACUGUUUACAAAGCUAGUAACUUUAGUUUAAAAUGUGUUCAAUUGUUUGUUACCAAAGAAUACAAACUUAACGCAUAUUGCAAAUUUCAAAUAAUUCCAAUACACUCUAUCUACUGAUUGUAAAUAGGAAAUUUAACAGAUAAAAAAAGUGGUCACUGAUUUCUGACAUGAUUUAAAUGGUUGGUUCAGAAUGUGAGUUUUAGAAUUUUUAUAGUAUUUUGAAAACCCAAACUUGUGAAAGCCUGUAAUUUUUAAAUUAGAACAAUCUUGAGAAAAUACAUGAUUAAUCUGUGGUUGUUAUAAACUUGGCUCUCACUAGGUUUCACCUGCAUUAACUCAACAAGUUUGAUAGCCACCUUUUAUUUAUGCAUUUGUGACAUGUUGAUACAGAUCUGAUUCAGCAUAAACAUAAGGGCUGACCUAGAAGCCAGUAUAUAGAUUCUAAAUUGUAAGUGAUUUGUAAUAUUAUUUAAAAAAAAUGUACAUUAAAUUGAAACAAUGUUUUGCUGCAUUCUGUCUAAAAGUCAAUUAUCAAUCCCCUUGGAUUAUCCGGAGAUUGCUCUUCAGAUAAGCUUAUAUUUAUUUUUUUGUAAAGACAUUCAAUGUAUUUUAUGUAAUCUAUGAUGCAAGGAUAUUUUGUUUGAUGAAACAAAAAGACUUACCCGAAUGGUCUCAAGUGUGUUUUUCCUGCUACAAUAAAAAAAAAAA